GCGGAGGAAGCGGCCGUUUAAAAAUUUCAAAUUAACAUUUCGGGAAGCAUCAACCUGACGAAAAUGAAAGUUUUAUUGUUAUUGGCGUUCGCCGCCGUAUGCGGCUUGGCUUCCUGCAGACCGCAGGAGGAGAAGUACACCACCAAAUACGAUAACGUCGAUCUGGACGCCAUUUUGAAAAACGAUAGACUGCUAAGGAACUACAUCGACUGCGUGAUGGGAAAGAAAAGCUGCACCAAAGACGGAGAAGAACUUAAAAGGGUAUUACCGGACGCCAUCAAGACAGGCUGCUCGAAAUGUAACGAGACGCAGCGAAACGGCGCCAAGAAAGUAGCCAGAUACCUAAUCAAAAACAAACCCGAAUGGUGGGCGGAACUGGAAAAAACUUUCGAUCCAGACGGCACCUACAGGAAAAAAUACGAAGCGGAAAUCAAAUCCGAAGGUUUUUAAUUAUAUUGAGACAAAUUUUUAACGUCGUGUUAUAUAUUUAUAAAAUAAAAGACAACUAUCGAUCA